CGCACACAUGGAUUGAUGAACAGGGUGUGCUGCUUUCGUGAUUGACCGGCGUGUUCGCGCUCCGGGGAUGUGACCUUAUAAAAACCUGGUUGCCAGUCUGCAACCUUUCCUUAUCUCUAGGUUUACUCAUGCAAAGCUGAUGAUCAUGGCGGACUCAGACCAUCAAGACUCGAGCUCGGGACUCAAUGAGGACCAGCAGCCUCCCCAGACAGGUGUUUUCAAGAUUGCCUCCCGAUUUAUUCCAUAUUUCCGCAAUCCUCAGCAUGUUCUCGUCUUCAAACUCGAUUGCCUGUUGCUUACAUGGGCCUUUCUUGCUGGCAUCCUCAAGGAAAUGGACCAAUCUGCAACUACUCAGGCCUAUGUUUCGGGUAUGAGAGAGUCGCUUAAUCUGUACGGAAACGAAUUAGUCCAGUUUACGACGUACUUCUCGGCUGGCUACGCCGUUGGUCUCGUUCCGGGCCAAUUGAUCCAGACUAAAGUUCGACCCUCUCUCUUCUUACCAUUUUGUGAAAUGACAUGGGGACUGUUGGUCCUAUUCACAUACAAAGCCCCUGACGCUAAAACUAUCUAUGGGCUGCGAUUCUUCCUUGGGCUCUUCUCUGCAGUCUUCUGGCCUAGCGUUGUGUCACUCAUUUUCAACUGGUACACGCCGAAGGAACUCGCGGUUAGAAUCGCCUUCUUUACCAUCUCAGAUGUCGCCGGAGCAAUGUUUUUGGGUGCCUUGCAGGCAGCACUUUACAAAAAUAUGAAUGGCGUCCAUGGAAUUGCUGGAUGGCAGUGGCUUUUUAUCAUUUCCGGCGCCAUCACUGUUGGCCAAGCCCUCAUUGGCUUUGUCAUUAUUCCAGAUUCGCCAGCAUACACCCGCGCCAUUUGGUUGACCGAUGCAGAGAAAGAAAUGGCUAGGAAACGGAUGAGGGGAUUCGGCGCUAACUCCUCUCAACUGAUCCCCGCCAGUGUCUUGAAGAAGAAACUGCGGAAAUUGAUUGUCCACCCCGUCACCUACUUCUUCGUGUUCGCCUUCGCCUUCAGUGCCUGGGGACACCGAGCCAACUCAUAUUUUGUCUUGUAUCUCGAAAGCUUGGUUGACUCGGCCGGAAAUCGUCGGUACAGCACUUAUCAAGUCAACGUGCUACCCUUAGGCGGCUAUGCCCUCCAGAUCCUGACCAACCUUGUCUUGAACUGGCUUUCCGACUGGAAGCACUGGCGCUGGCAAAUCAGCAUCGGCUCAGCUUUUUGUUUCGGGAUUAUGCUGUGCGUCUUGUGCGCCUGGCCCUCCGACUACAAGGUGGUUUUGGGCUUCUACUUCCUGACCUAUGCGACGAACGCUGGCAGCCCAUCGUUUAUGGCAUGGAUGGCCGAACUCUUGCGGAAAGAACCUGAAGCUCGUGCGAUCAUCGUUGCACUCACUGUUACCCUCGUCUACGUCGGACACGCAACGAUUCCUCUACGGACUUUCAGAGUCGCCGACGCGCCGCGAUACCCAAUUGGUUUCCCAGUUUCUACUGCAUUUACAUUUGCAUCUAUUUUAAUACAGUUUGGGAUGCUUUGGUGGGGAAACAGAAACCAGCAGCUGGUGGAAUAUGGCUAUGAUGCACCGAAGAACCUGCCUAGAGUUCUGGAUGAAGAACACUUGAAUGCCACUCUUCGGGAGGGAGCGGAAUCUCCCAGCGACACCAAAACUUCGCACACAAAGGUUCUGAAGGUGGACGAUGAGUAGGAUAAGUCGUCGAGUGUUUCAAUUCUUUUAUUCACGAUGUCUAUUUAUAACCGCCAGAGUUCGGCGAGGAGGGCAGAUUUCGACUAUAUCUAUGACCCAUGACGUUUCAGGCCCUCAA